AUGCUAGGAAGGUCUCUUCAUAAAACUCUCAAGCUUUUCAGAGGGCACACAACUCUUCAACAUCAUCAACAAUGGGCUACCACUACUACCGUACAAAAAUAUAAUCAUUAUCGAUUCUUACAACAUGGACUAUCAGAGUGGAGAGUUAAUAAUUAUUCGUCAUCUUUGAGAAGGAAAAAGAAGGGUGUGGAUGUGUUUUCAAUUUUAAAAACCAAGUAUUUGGAGUGUUCGGAAAAGGAUGUGAUUGAAGGAAGGAAAAAAUCUGUUAAAUUUUCAGUAUUAAAUACAGAGGAUGUGGAAGAAGAUUCACCAAUUUUGUCAGAGAAAAUUAGAGUUGAUAAACUAUUGAGUCAAACAGUACCUAUCAGCAGAGAGUAUGCUCAAUUUUUAUUAUCAAAUGGAUAUGUGAAAGCAAAUAAUAAGAAAUUGAAUGAAGAUAAUAAGUUUAUUAAAUUUACUGAUAUAUUGAAAGGACUCCAAAUUGAAAUUUAUUUAGAGAAUAGACCAUUUUCAGCAAAUCUCACACCAAUGAAACAUGUUGAAAUGUAUGAUGGACCAAUAGCUCCUAUUCAUGUACUGUAUGAAGACAAGGAUGUUAUAGUAGUUAACAAACCUGUUGGGUAUGCUGUUCAUUCAAGCAAAUCUAAACCAGAAUCUGAGACGAUGAUUUAUGCAAUUAGAAAUUAUGUACUUUCUAAAGAAAAAGAAAAAGAAAAAUCAAAGAAAAAGAGCAAGCAAACCACAAACACAUUGCCACUGAAUAUUAAUUUAGCCCACAGAAUGGAGUCACAAAUGUCAGGAGUUCUUAUUUGUGGGAAAAACUCACAUUCAAUCCAAAAAUUGAGUGAACAAUUUUUGCCAAAUACCAACUUACAAAAACAAUAUAUAACAGUUUGUGCUGUGCCAAACAUUAAUAGCUUAAAGAAGAAAUUGAAUCCCUUUUAUCAUUUGAAGGAGGAAUUUGAUGAAGAUGAGGAAACAACUGAUGAUGAAGAGGGAUCAAACCUUUCUGAAAAAGAUAUUUUAUCUUCGUUUGGAGUUUCAAAGAAACCUGACAGGUUUGCUGAUCUUAAUCUUGGAGAAGCUGAGGAAUUAUUUGUUGAUGACUAUGGUGAUAUGGAAGAGGAUGGAGAUGAAGAAUUAGAUCUUCUUGAAGGAAUGGGAGAGGAACAUGAAACAUUGGAUUUAUCUGGUGGAUGGAAGGAUAUGAGAAAGGAACAUGAAAUGUUGAAAGAAAAGUAUGAAAAGGCAACCAAAAAUACCACUCUUACCCUAGAAGGAGAUCUCAAAUUUGUAAUGCACCCAGAGUAUAAUGUUCAGGUAUUACAAAGAGCUGGUACCCAUGAACUUCCUAGCACUAAAGUAUUGAGAAAUAUCAAGACAGUCGUCAAUGUUCUAGAACUCAAUGAGGAUAACAGGAUUGCUCUUGCUACAGUGUCCAUCCCAUCAGGUUCAGUCCAACAAGUUCGUUCACAUCUGGCAACAAAUGGCAUUCCCAUGUUAGGUGAUUUCCCUUACUUUGAUCAAGUAGACAAUAGAAUUCCAAUUGGUUUGUCCAAAAACCUUAAUGUAAAUAAGAUAUUCUUCCAUUUGUACAAAAUAGUUUUCCAACACCCAACCAGUGGCAAAAAUGUUAUUGUUAAGGCUCCUCUCAUGUCACCAAUGAAAGAAUUCGUUGAAAAACAAUUCUCAGAGUCUGUGGUUGACAAAUAUAUCAACUUGAAUUCAGAUGAAGAAUAA